CAUAUUGCAGGGCAUGUUGAUUGGCGCAUUGUGCGCUGCACUUUUAUCAGUGGUGAUAUCUCACCAAACUGUGUAUGUAACUGAGGGAAAUCAAGUCCUGUCCCAUAAACCUCAUGGAGAUUUCAUUGCAUUUGUUGAAUUCAAUGACUCUCUUGGAUCCACUGGUUGGACAAGUUUGACAAUCAUAACCAAUGGUUCUUAUCCUGAUGCUGACCAGGCCCAUGCAGCUGGUGUUGGGGAAGGCUAUGCCACCGCAGAGAGGAUCUUACAAAGUUGGGUGAAUACAAUGUCUACUUAUUGCAAGGAAGCAACUGAAUUCUGCAACAAACUCGAUGAAUUUGUUUAUGAAAAUCAGUACUGGAUGAACUAUAAGAUAGAUAAAAUGGCAGGUGUGUCAAAUUAUUGGUACCAUGUUCGUGUUCUCAGCAGACAGAUUCAAGGUCUGUAUGACGGAUUUAACAUGGUGUAUCCAGGCAGGCUACAACUUCGUGACUUUUAUCUCAUGAAUCUCAGUGGUGAUCUUGAGGAUUUGGAACAGGCACUGGGUGGCGGAUUAAAAGAAGUUCGUGCAAGAAAACGUGACAAAGUUGAAAGGGCACACAUGCUUGGAACUGGGUCAUGUUCAGCUUUAGUUAAAUGGUUGCCUCAUGAACUGCUGACAUCCCACAUCACAUGGAAUAGUUACCAAAGUAUGAUCAGGAUUGCUAAGAACUAUAUCUUUAACUUUAGAAAAGGUCCAGAAGAUAUGAGCAGCAGAAUUCCAGGUAAACGGCAGGUUUUCACAUCCUAUCCUGGUUAUGUGAGUAGUGGUGAUGAUUACUCACUUCUAAGUUCUGGAUUACUGUCUAUGGAAACUACUAUAGGCAAUAGCAAUGCAUCACUUUGGGAGUUUGUAAAACCGAAGGGGAGUGUUCCUGAGUUCAUGAGGAGUGUCAUUGCCAACAGAUUGGCAUCUUCUGGCAAAGAAUGGGCAGACACAUUCAAGCAGUACAAUUCUGGUACAUACAACAACCAAUGGAUGAUUAUUGACUACAACAAGUUUGACCCAACUGCCAAAUCUCUAAGUGACGGCACACUAUGGGUCCUUGAACAAAUUCCUGGUUACGUUACAUCAGCUGAUCAAACUGAUGUUCUAAGACAACAAAAGUACUGGUCAAGCUACAACACUCCGUUUUAUCCAGACAUAUUCAAGAUGUCAGGAUGUCAGGUAUCUGUUGAUAAAUAUGGUCCCAUGUUUGCUUAUGACACCACUCCAAGAGCAUUGAUUUUCAAAAGAGAUCAGCACAAAGUUGUUGAUAUGGAAACACUGUAUGAUCUUAUGAGAUACAAUGAUUACAAAAACGACCCCCUCUCAAAGUGUGAUUGUGAGCCACCUUACACUGCUGAAAAUUCAAUUGCUGCAAGAAGUGACCUUAACCCUGCUAAUGGGACUUACCUUCUCCCGUUUUUGGGUCACAGACUUCAUGGUGCAACAGACUACAAGGGCACCAAUGCUGAGAUGAUGAAGUCAUUGAGUUUCCGUGCAGCAGCAGGACCUACAGCUGAGCAACAACCUCCCUUCAGAUGGUCCACGUCUGACUGGUCGGAUGUACCGCAUGUUGGGAUGAACGAUUUACAGCACUUCUCUGAAAUCACUGUGUCAUUUGAGGAGGACAGUGCUGCUGUUGUGGACUUUUGAUGAAUGUGUUUGAUUUUUUAGAUCUGGUUUUCUGCCUCUAGUUAUAUGAAUGAAAACCAAGACUUUGUCUUUAAGGCUAAAAUUAAUUUUGUUUGAAUAAUUGAUACAUGAUUAUUUUUUUGAUUUUUUAUUCAUUUCUAUGGUUUAGGGUAUUUUUUGAAGUUAAAAUUAUUUUUCAGGUUUUAUAAUUAUAGGUUUAAUUCUUGCUUUAUUUUUGAAAGGAGUAAUAAGUGUAUUCUUUCAAGUUUUUCAGUAAGUCACUUGACUUGAUUUCGAAUCAAAACAUUUUAUUCUUAAGAUCUUGCUCGAUUCAAGCAAGUACUUUGUUAAAUGAUGUCUAAACUUUCGUUUCAUCACACCUGUAUUUUAUGGUUUUUCUAAAUUUCCCAAAUUUCUCAUCGUUUUUUGUCCAUAUUCUGAUUCCUUUUAUAGUUAGAAAAUUAAUGUCUUCUACUCUCUACAUCUAGAAAUUGAGUUUGACCCCCUUCAUAAGGCAUUACUUGUUGCAAUUAUCUAUUCUUCAUCAACAAUAUGCAACCCAACUUUCUUUACCAUUUAGUUAGAAUGGAUGGAUUUCUGAUAUUAACGACUGAAAUAAAUGUGAGAACUGGACCUACCACUGUCGGUAAGGAGGGGAGUAACCCAGAUCUGAUGGAGAAACUGGGUGCCACUCUUAAACGAUCAAAUUCUGCUCUUGGAAAGACAUUUUGGGAGUCUCCAAAUGACAUAAAUGAAGUCAUGCAGAUUGCAAAACGGUUGGGUUAUAAGUUGGGGAGUACGACAGGUUUAGGUCAGACUUUCAUUGUUGUCAUGGAACUGAGCCAAACUUCGUGAUCAUUUUGAACUUUUUACGAAAUAACUGUUAUGUUUCUUUUUAUAAAAUUUCUUAAAAAUCUCUCGAUCAUUUCCUUUUUGUAUAAUAAUAUGGUUUAUGUCAGAAGUUUUUGUACGAUACAGCAAUAACUGUAUCUUUUUUAACUGAUAGUUUUUAAGAAAAAUGUUGUCGCAAAUAUUAUAAUUUCAUUUUAUAUAACAUUUUAUAUAACAUUUUAUUCUGAUAGACUUA